AUGGAAAUACUUGUUUUACAUGAGUAUUACUCUUACACCAGUCGAACGACUUAUUUGCAGAUGUUCCUUCUUCCGUCGCGUAUCGUUACAGCGCUCGGCGAGAUAGAUUUGUACCUUUGAAAAAAAUUGGAACGAUGGGGUUCCAGAUUUUGGUCAGUUGAAGACAUGGAGGUUUAGUGAUACGCGAUGAUUUGAUGGCUGAGGGAGAGAACGACACAAAGACGUUGGAUUUAUUCCCUAAACAUUCUCAUCAUCAAAACAUCACAGUAAUGUACUUUGUCAAGAUAUAUUUUUACAAGGAAAAUACAUCAAGAGUAUUUUGA